AUGACUACUACCGAAAAGUACUUUGUUUCAUACAACGGUGUCCAUAAACUCUGCCAAAAGAGUGCAGAAACUCUGCUCAAGACCAUCGGCAAGCCAGAUGUUAUUGUUGCUAUCGGUGGUGGUGGUUUUAUCCCAUCGCGUAUUCUCAGAACAUUCUUGAAGCAUUCUGGGGAGAAGAACAUUCCUAUUCAGGCUAUUGGUUUAUCGCUUUACGAGGACAUGGGAUCUCAGGACAAGAUUGGUAAGGAGGUUAUCAGAACCCAAUGGUUGGACUUUGGAGCUUUGGAGAAGAGCUUCGACUCUCUGAUUGGCAAGAACAUAUUGAUUGUUGAUGAGGUUGAUGAUACUAGAACAACGCUUCAUUACGCGUUGACCGAGUUGUACAAGGAUGUGAAAAGAAAAGCCGAUGCUUUGGGUAGAGACAUGUCCGACACUAAAUUCUCGAUUUUCGUUGUGCAUGAUAAGAAGAAACCUAAGAAGGCUGACAUUAACAAAGAUUACAUGAAUGGUGGUAUAUAUCUAUGUGGUGAGGAGGUGCCCGAUAGAUGGAUUGCCUAUCCUUGGGAGGCCGACGAUAUUGAUGAGCACACUAAAAAGGCUCAUGCACAGGGCCACGAUUAG